CGCGGGGUGGCUCCUUGCGGCCACGCGCCGCGUUACGUCAACACUAAAAAGUAAUCAAACAUGGGUCAGAUCGUCGGAGCUGAAUGCUCACCUGACGAUGAAGAAGAAGAACCUCGCAUCCAUGUAAAUCCCACAGAGCGUUCACUGACGGAAAGCGAAACAUCUUGCGAAGAAGCGGCGCGGUUAACCGCAGAGGGGGCUGAUGAUGAUGACGAGGCGUACGACUAUGGAGAGCUACCACCACCACCGGACGGUGGCUAUGGCUGGGUGGUUGUGUUUGCUUCCUUUAUGUGUAACCUCGUGGUAGACGGCAUUGCAUACACCUUCGGAAUAUUUCUUCCUGAAUUAGUCACGUACUUCGGAGAAGGCAAGGGCACAGUCGCGUGGGUUGGAAGCUUGCUUUCUGGAGUAUAUUUAGCGGCCGGGCCGGUGGUAUCGGCGCUAUGCAACAAAUUCGGAUGCCGAGCGGUAUGCGUUGCCGGCUCGUUAGUGGCAGCGACGGCCUUUGUACUUUCCACACUCAGCAAAAGCGUCACCAUGAUGAUGAUUACAUACGGCCUUAUCGGAGGUAUGGGUUUCGGUAUGAUCUACCUACCAUCUGUAGUAGCGGUAGGCUAUUACUUUGAAACUCGUCGCUCCUUAGCUACGGGUAUAGCGGUGUGCGGUUCAGGGGUUGGAACGUUUAGUUUUGCUCCUUUAGCUGCUAUACUGCUGAAUGAAUUCGGUUCGUGGCAGAAUGCGAAUCUGCUGCUUGCUGGAUUAAUUUUGAACUGUGCUGUAUUCGGAGCUCUGAUGAGACCACUCGUAUAUCCAAAAACAUCUGGUGAAAAGCCAUUAUUACAAAGGAUGGCAGAAGAGAAGAGACUGCAAAUGGAAAGAGGCUCAAUUGGAGGCUCAUACUUCGUGGUACAAUUACCUGAUGGUACUAUGGAGAAAAGAUUAAAGGCGCCCUUAAACAUAGACCCUGGUGUACAUUCGUCCCUAAACUUAGAAGCUUUGGCGAGGGUACCCACCAUCCCCAACAUGCCAGGAGUACCUACGGUACCCACUCUCCCCACCAUAACUGAAUCUAGGGUGACAGAUGACAAUGGCGAGAAAAAGAAGGGCGAGAACGGCUCGGCGUCUGCGCAGAUGCAGGCGGCCAUGUCGCGCAACGUGUCGUCGCCCGCCUUCAGCGCGCAGGCGCCUGGCCUGCCCAAGAACGGCUCCGUGCCCUUCUUCGACCGCCAGCGCAAGCACAGCUCCGCCGACAGGUCAGCCAGCGAUAAGCCCGCAGAUAAGGGCGACAAGUCCGCAGAUAGAUUUAAACCGUCCUUAGCAGCAAUCAAAGCCACGUCUAAAACUUCGGUUAGCAGUCAUCGCCACGACAUGGAUGCGGAAAGCGGAGUGUACAAUUCCAAGCUAUCGGUAGCGGCCCCACGAGAACCUUCUAGAAUGGUCCGACCUCUCUCGCGGAAAGACAUCUUCUAUUCUGGAUCAGUCAUCAACCUGCCGCAGUAUCAAAGUCAAAAGUCCCUACAGGGCUACAGGAACUCUGUUCUGAGUUUACCGCAGAGUAGACAGACCGGCGAUUUGGACAGACAAGAACAGUACGACCUGUGCCCGUGCCUGUCGCUGCCCAGCUCGUUCAAGUCGGCGCUGUCGUCCAUGCUGGACGUGAGCCUGCUGCGCGACCCCGCCUUCAUGCUCAUCGGCGUGUCCAACGUGUUCGGCAUGGCCGGCCUCUACGUGCCCUUCGUCUACAUCGUUGACGCCGCGCACCUCAAUGGUGUGGAGCAAUCGCAGGCGUCGUUCCUGUUGUCAAUUAUCGGUAUCACCAACACCAUCGGUCGUAUCGCGUGUGGUUGGGUUGCCGAUUUCCCUUGGAUGGACUCGCUGCUGCUUAACAACAUAUGUUUAGUUAUUGCUACCAUUUCAGUUGCGGUAACACCAUUCUGUUCUUCAUACGCGUCAUAUGUGGCGGUCGCGAUCGCAUUUGGAAUAGCUAUUUCGGGCUACAUCUCGCUGACGUCCAUCAUCCUGGUGGAUCUUCUGGGGCUAGACAAGCUGACGAACGCGUUCGGGCUGCUGAUCCUGUUCCGCGGUGCGGCGGCCAUCGUGGGCUCCCCGCUGGCAGGCGCCGUGUACGACGCCACGCACAACUACGACGCCUCCUUUUAUAUGGCCGCCGCCUUCUUCCUUGCCGCCACGCUAACCUCCUUCGCGGCGCCCGCCUUCCGCAGGAAACCCGAGGAGAUCCAGCAGCCGUUGGACGUGCUGACGCCCAUCGACGAGGACCUGGAGGAGGGCGAGGAGGAGGACCCCGACGACACGCCCAUCACCAUGGGCGCGCACCUCGCCUCGCGCCCGCCCGCCAUCACACGCACCGCCGCCUCGCCCGAGGAGCCGCCCGCCUCCGCGCCCGCGACCGCCUCCGCCCCCGCCCCCGCCCCCGCGCAGCCGCAGCGCGAGAGCGUGCUGUGAGCUCGCUCCACGACUACGUCUCUCAAUUAUCGAAUGGAACUCUACCCCGACAUUUAAAAUUAUUUAAUUCCGUACUUACGGUAUACCUCAUUCGUUCUUCUGCUAUGCAAAAUUUUACUCUAUACAGUUUGCGUAGAUAAUUAUUAAUGUCAGUUAUAGUAAAUUUGUAAUAACCUUCCGUACAUGUACGUCCGAUACCUUAGCUAAGUAUAUUUAAAAGAAAACUGGCCUUAACUCGACUCAAAUUUAAUUCGAUUUCGUUUCUGUCGAUCGAUUGCUGAAACUAGAGGGAGGGAGUAAAUAAAAAAUUUACCCAAUGUUAUAUUUUUUUUGCGUUCGCAAAAGGGGAUCUUCUUAUAUAAAUCUAUGAGAUAAAAAGUUUAAAGUAAUAAACAGCUAGCAAAAGCGAAACGUGUGCUGAACUAACGUUCUUUAUUUAUAAUUUGUAUGACUAUUAGAUGUUGAAAUCCUUAUCGAAUUGUCGCUGUCGAAACAGCUCAAUUAACGCUGGACUUAGAUAAACUUUUUGUCACACACGACAAAAACCUCUCACCACAGUUGCCAAAAAGUUUUUAAAUAAAUAAUAAAUACUAAGUUGGUGUACAAACUGAGAUAAAGCAUCAUUUAACCUUUGGUGCAAUGUCUAUUGUAAGUAGGCACUUUAAUCUUAUCAAAGUCUUUAAGUUUACAAGCUGGGAAUGUUAAUUGAAUUAUAGUAUUAUGUUGCUAUACUUAACAAAAAUACCAGCAAAAAAAGUUUUAAGAAAUCGCAAAAUUGUCUUGAAAUAAAUAAAAUACGAUCUCAUAUUUAAGACAGUUUAUGAAUUUCUUUUAAUUUAAAUUACAAUAAAUUAAUAUUUGGACUGCCAUUGAUAAAAUUUAAAUAUUUAUAAAUAAUUAAUCGUUUAAAUGUUCAAAAAAAAACAAGUUUAAAAUUAGGAUAUAAUUUAACACCAAAAAACAUUCAGUUUAGUCUUAAAAGUAUUAUUUCUGGGAAGAGGAUAAAAAUUGGCUAUUAUUAUACAAUAAAAUAUAGCAAUGUAGUGUAUAAUAAAGAGUAUAAAGUAUUAAGGUAUAAGGUACUAAAUGUUAAAAUAGAGUGUGUUAGAAAUAGAGUUUACAAAUUUCAUCAUACGUUUUGAGUGUUUAUAAUUUGAAAAAGUUGUGAAUGCCAGGCGUUAGUUUCCGCUACAAUACAAAUAAAAAUUAAUUAUAAAGGCAAAACAUUUAAGUUUUUAACACUGUUUUUGUUUAAAAAUAGUUGUGCGAUGUUAUAAAAAAUAAGUACAUUAAGCAAUUUUAUGUUUUUUUAUUUCAUUAAAUUUAUAGUUACAAAAUCUCGUAAUAUUAUGUCUUCGUUAUAUCAACAUAUAAAAAUAUCAUCAUGCCCUUCAGGAUCUAAAUCAAAUGUGCCAUAUAAUGUUUAUAUUAUUAACAUCGCACAUAUUCCUUAAUAUAUAUAGGUUUAAAGUAUACGAUAACUUGUUCGCGAAAGGAAUAGAUGUACAUAGGUUUGUUCGUUACGAAAUACGCAACAUAAACUAACGUUUCAAUGAAAGGUCGAAGUGGUAGGCAAUUAUAACUAUUGUAGAAGUAUAAAUAGUUUGCGAGUCUCCAUUCGUAAUAAAAAUAUAGAAAACAAUAAAAAUUAUAUGAUGUUAGAUAAUAUAAGCGGUCCGUACUCAAGCAGCAAUAACAAAAGUACUUAUAGUCGGUACUUAGAAGAUAAAAUGUCGAAAUAUAUUCGUUUUCUUUGAGAUUAGACAAUAAUCGGUAAUUUUUUGCACACAUGUAUUAUAAUAUUAUGAUUAUAAAAAAAAAAAAUCGUAAAAUUAGAAAUAAUAUGAAAUGUUUAUUACAUUGUAAAUAUUAUACGUAAUUGCACUAUUGUAAAUAAACAUAGAUAGAUGGAAAAUUAAAUUUAUACUUAAAUUAAAGUUUCCUAAUCUAACGAUAUUUCCUCUAGUGUCGUAAAAUACUUGUCUAGCUCACGUUUCACGCUCACGAGCGCAUUAGUAUUUAAACUAUAGUAUUCGACUUGAACUUUAAAAGUGUAGCAAUUCUUGUAGUAUCAAAAUGGAGACUUAAAAUCUAUUAAAAACGGGCUUUACGAAGCAGUGCUCAUAAUAUCUUCUUUUAGUUUUUUAUUUAGCGAACUGUGCUCAGAAUUUUACAGUGUUGACGAACUAUAUACAUACAUAAGAGCCAUUACCGAUAUGUCAUGUUUACAGCCAAUCCUUCCAACUUCCACGACAGUCGGCGAGUACGUAAACACUCAUCGAUAGAGCUGUGAGAGUUGAGUUAAUGUUAACAUUGUUUUAUUAUUUUUCUAUCAAAUUGUCAACAUACAAAAUUAUAAUUUUGGUUUGUUUCUAUGUCUCAUAGUCUCACACAAUUAAUCUUAUUUGAAAAUAUAUCGCGUAUAUGUGUACGUAUAAUUAUCAUACUUAGGUUAUUGAACUUCGAGCUUGGCUUUCUUACUAACGAGAGAGGUAACUUGGAACUGAGCUUCUUGGCCACUCUCAAAAACUAAAUGCACUGUCAAUGGUAACUAGGUAUAAUCAAUUGCCAUAUUAUAUAAAUAGUGUUUUAUUGCGUGUAUUCUAACAUAUAAUAUAUAAUACGAUAUUCGUCCUAAAGUUUUUACUCAAUUACGAAUUAGGAAUUUUUCAAUUUAUCGUGUGCCAUUGCUAAGAACAAUUCAUGUACAUACACGCAUUAUAACUAUAAGUUAUACAUACAUAAAUAUAUAAAAUAUAUGAAUGAAUGCAACGCAGUCAAUUUUCUAUAACCAUUCGAUACCAAAUAUGAUUCAGUGUUAAAUAACUUUAAAUAUCUUUUAAGUGUAUAUCUGCCAGUUUAUAAGAUGGACUAUUAUGUAAAAUCUUGCUAAUAAUUGUAGUUUACUUAAUAAAAUAUGUAAAAAGUUGUAUCAAAUAAUACAAUACAUACAUCGUACGUCGUCGUUACAGGCAAAUGUAAAAAGGCAUUGAAGGCACACCUCAGUGGAUUGUGUACCUAACCUUGUACUGGGUAUCAGAAACAACCUUCUAUAAAUAUAAUACAUACAUUUAUUUGUAUAUACAAUUUUAAUUUUUUUUAUUAUUAUUUGUUAUCCAUUUUCUUAUACCCAGUACCUAUAUACAUAUUUAUAUAUUUUGUUAAAUAUAUUUUUGUGUCAAUAUAUUUGCAUAAUUUAGCUUUUAAGUCUAAUUAGAAUUACUGAAACCAACUAGGCACUAGAUUUAUAUAGGAUAACAAAUUAUGUGAUAAAAAAGCUUAAUGGAACGAAAAAUAUAUAUUUCUUUUAUAACGAGCCUGUAAUAUUAUGUAGAUAAUUAAUGGAAUGUAAUAAUUUUUAAUAAAAUAAGUUUUAAAAUGAAUCAUGUAAUUGUAUAAAUUGUAUUAAAUAUUCAAAAAGUUAUUGAGUAACGUUAACUGUUGUUAUAGCUUUAUGUAAAAAACCAAAAGUGUUAUUAUGUUUUUAAGAGUGACAAACUAUUUAGGAAAGUGGUAGUAAUGAAGGAGCCGUUUUAUAAAUAAGUAUACAUAAUUGUUAGAGAUGGAACUGUAUGGAUAUAAAUUAGUAAAUAAAUUAAAAUGUAUUGAAUUUAAUUGAAUUGAAGUCUUUCGUUCUGAACACCAAUUAUAAAUAAUUGUUAUUAUAUAUAAUUAUUAUGAAUAACGAUAAAAUGAUACAAUUUUGUUAUCAAAUUUCGCUAGCUUCGCCGUUAGCGUAAUUAGCUCAAAAUCAUGAUAUAUUGAUUUUUUUUUGUAUUCUUUUCAGUAUUGGCUCAAAGUAUUGUUUUAUGCGAUCUUAUGAUGUAUACAUUUACGUCUUGAAUGAAUUACAUUAAUAAAAAAAACAAUUUACAAUUUUAUUUUAUCAGUUCAGAAACGAACUUUACAUGAUGUAGAAACAAAUUAAAACUUUUUUAAUUUUAUUGAUGAUUUGUAAUGUGAGUUUUUGAAUAAAUCAUAACGCAGGAUACAUAUGUAAACAACUUGGUUCGGCUUUGAUAUAAUAAUGCUUGUAUGAGAAUGGCUCAGCGCUUUGCACAUGUACAAGUCCUAGCUGUUGCUAAUGUUGUCCACCGAAUGUUUUGUAAAUAACAGAUUCAUUAAAUGAUAAUGAUGAUUUAUAA